AUGCCAACUGGUCAGGUUGUCCGUCGUGAAAAUAAUAAUGCCAAACUAUCAAUGCGUCAACUUUUUAAGCAGAUCGAACCACCUCACGAAGUUCUCAAAGAAAUAUCGGCGCUUAAUCUAGCCAAACCCAGGAGGCAUAAAAUUGGACGAUACGACACCAAAGUGGCGGUUAUUGGAAAGAGAAAGUUAAAACGACAACUUGGGAAAGUUGAAUUCGAAAAAGAUGAGCAUUUGGAGUUACCCCACCUAAGCUUUUUUGCUGGCGCCAAAGUGGCAACUUCGUUUCCACCCGAGAGAGUGCCAGAAAUAGCGUUUGUUGGGAGAUCAAAUGUGGGCAAAUCAUCUUUGAUCAACGCAUUGGCAGAUACCACAGUGGUGAGAAUUUCGGACAAGCCGGGAUUAACGCAACAGAUCAACUUUUUUGCCGCCGGCAACAUAUUCAAUCUGGUCGACAUGCCGGGUUACGGAUUCGCCUACGCGAAAGAAGAAGAGAGAUUGCAAUGGAAGGAAUUGGUUGGUCUUUAA